GCAACAUGGAAGCGCCUGGAUCUGGAGCGAAGCCGAGUUGAACCACGUCGGCCCCAAGGCGCCAAAUACUUGUUGCUUCUCUUUUUCGCUCACGGAAUCAGAGUCCUCCUCGCCUCGCCUCCCCGGCUGUCCAUGUGUUGGUCUCACCCCGGCCAUGACGAUUUAGCGAACCUCGACCCCUCUCCUCCAACUCUUUCUUUCUUUUAGUCACGCCCAGCCAUGAAUUCCGGCAAUCUUCUCACAAAGGCCGCCCUGCCAGCACGCCAGCUGUCGCGGGCCCGGAUAUGUCGCCAGCGCAAGCUGCCAGUCUCGCCACUGGACUCGUCCGCGACGCGCACAAUAUCGGCUUGCGUCGCGAGCAGGAGGCCCGCCGCCGCAUGUUCUCGUAGCUCAUGUAGUGCCGUCGGCAGCAAAAGGACGUUCCACGCAACCCCGAGGUCCUCCGCCGCCCCACGAAACCCCUACGACGCGCUGGGGGUUAGCAAGGGCGCCUCGGCUGCCGACAUCAAGAAGGCCUACUACGGCCUGGCCAAAAAGUACCACCCGGACACGAACAAGGAUACCGGCGCAAAGGAGAAGUUUGCCGAAAUACAAGCCGCCUACGAGGUGCUGUCGGAUCCAAAGAAACGCGAGCAGUACGACCAGUUCGGAGCCGCCGGCUUUGACCCCUCGGGCGCCAGCGCCGGAGCCGGUCAGGGCCACCCCUUCGGCGGCGGCCAUCCCUUCUCCGGCUUCGGCGGCCAGGGCGGCUUCGGUUCUUCCAUCAACCUUGACGACCUCUUCUCCGCAUUCACGGGCGGGGCCGGACCCUUUGGCGGCGGCGGCGGUGGCAGGCGUGGCGGGGGGCGCAACCCCUUUGGGCAGCAGCAGCAGCAGCAGGCGGCCAUGGGAGACAACAUUGAGGUACAGGCGUCCAUCUCGUUCAUGGAGGCGGCCAAGGGCACCAGCAAGACCGUCACCAUCAACCCAAUGGUGACGUGCAAGACAUGCAGCGGAAGCGGGCUCAAGGCCGGGGCCAAGCGCAGCACUUGCAUGUCGUGCAACGGGUCGGGCACGCGAGUGCACGUCAUAAACGGCGGCUUCCAGAUGGCCUCGACGUGCGGUACCUGCUCGGGCACGGGCUCGGUCGCGCCCCGCGGGGCCGAGUGCCGCACUUGCGACGGUGAGGGUAUCACACGCGAUCGCAAGACCAUUACCAUCGACAUCCCCGGCGGCGUCGAGGACGGCAUGCGGCUGCGCGUCGACGGCGAGGGCGACGCCCCCGCCCUGGGCGGCGCCGAUCCAUCCAUGGUCCACUCGGUGCGCGGCGACCUCUUGCUGCUCGUGCGCGUCGCCGCCGACCCCAAGUUCAAGCGCGAUGGCUCCAACAUUCUCUACACGGCCACUAUUCCCCUGACUACGGCCAUCCUGGGCGGCGAGGUCAAGAUCCCGACGCUCGACGGUGACGUCAACGUCAAGGUGGCCACGGGCACCAACACGGGCGACGCCAUCACGCUCAGCGGCAUGGGCAUGAAGAAGCUGGGCUCUCGCCGCUCGGCAAACGGCGACCUCCGUGUCGAGUUCCGUGUCUCGAUGCCAAAGUACCUGUCGGCCAACCAGAGGACCAUAAUCGAGAUGCUCGCAGAGGAGAUGGGCGACAAGACGGCCAAGCGGAUCAUGAACAUCAACAUGAGCGGGUCUGAUGCCCGCUCGCACGAGAACGAAGGGUUCCUGAAAUCGAUAUGGCACAACCUGACAAACCACCCUGCACAUCGCCAAAACGGCGAGCCCGCAGCAGACUCUGAGAAGAAGCCGAGAUCGGACGGCAACAAGGAAGAACCGAAAAAGGCCUCGGGGUCGGGAUCCGGCUGAACGGCGUCGCAUAAUGACGUGUAAGCAGCGGGCACAGGACCGCGCGGUUGGGCUGGGCUUCUCCGCCAUGGCACUUAUAUAAUCUGCUGGCUGCGGUAGCCGACAACUUCCGAAGGCUCGGGCAGGGUCCAAAACGCCGUUUUCGAGAGCGGCGGUGUGAUUUGCCAGUCGCAACUCUGUAAAAUAAGCCAUAUACCAGUGAUGAUGAUGCGUACUGCCACUUUGGUGGUGGCAGUUUGUAUGUAAACAAAACGAACCCCCUCAAAAGCAUUCUGUCAUUUAGGUAGACUUUCAAAGUACAAACAAAAAAAACGGCCACUCACUUGUCAGCAGGUUCGACUAGGCCUAAGGGAUAGAGCCAGGCAAAUCUGAUAGUUUUAUUAUUUGGUCCCGGCAGUUGGGUCCCGGUAGCCUUAUAAUUUUCCUUCCCCAAAAACUCUGGAG